AUGAGAUCUAUGGACAACUACGAUGGUAUCGAUCUUUUCAUUUGGGGCAAUGCGGAAUCAUGCGUCACCAUCAUCGCUGCCAGCAUCCCAAUUUUGCGCGUGCUCAUUCGCGACGCUAAAACAACAGCAAGAAGAUACUAUAUUGCCAAUGAUGAAGGAGACGAGAAUGGCCUGAAGCGCUCAAACACCAAUACCGUUGUUGUCAGCGCUCAGCAUAACUCCCGACAAGAAAGCGGUGGCAAGCGUGAUGACGGUAGCGACAGGAGCAUCCUUGAGAAUAGCACCGACUCUUGGGGCAUUAUGCGGACAAAGGAGAUUGCGGUUGAGUUCCAGGAUCGAGGCAGUGAGGGUGCCCCUCAUUUUGAGAUGGCUCAUGUUCGAAAUUAG